AUGGCGAGCAGCAGCCGCAGGGAGGGUACCCUAACACCAGACGAUCCAGCAGACGUGAAAACCGCCGGAAGCGCAGAAUGGAGGCCAAAGCAUUACGUCCUGGCGGGCAUGGUCAUCAUCCUCGCGGCCAGCACGGUGACCAUCGUCACCUCCGCCGUCCUCCGCCCCGCGCGCAUCCAGUUCUCCGUCGCCAACUUCACCAUGUCCAACGCCGACAACGCCCAGAUGGCCAUCGAUUUCGACCUCCGCGCCUACAACCCCAGCCGCCGCGCCGGGGUGAUCUACCGCCACGUCGUGGUGAGCAAUGAGCAUGCAGCUGCGAAGGCGCGAGCGCCCGAGCGUGAGGAAGACAUCGGUGCCCGGGACUGUGACGGACCAUUGCCGCUGCCCCAGGGGAGGAGUGCAAAUUACAGGAGCAUGGGCGUCAAUGGCACCAUUGAUAACGACUUUUUUAGCAUCUACAGUAACGCGUCGUCGGUAUCCACGACCAUCAUGGUCAUUGCACAGGUUCAGUUCAAGGUUGGGCUCGUCAAAUCGAGGCUCUACAGUAUCAGGGUCUUGUGCUCGAGCAUCGACAAGGUACACAUCAGGAUGCCGCCCGCCAAUGCCACCUGCUCUGCCUGA